GUGUAGCUUUGAAGGAAAUAAGGGGUAUUAGAAGGGUUGUGUGUGCUGCCAAGAAAGCUAGAUGCUAAAGUUUACUCGACUACUUUAGUCUAUUCUCUUGCCAAGUGACAGGAUUAUAUUUGAGGAUGAAAUAAUCUCUUUGGAUGAGAUUCUUUGGAAUUGCGCCUCGCACGACCCGUCUUCUGCUACCUUGUUGAAUCAUUUGCUAUCUACACAAAGGGAUAUCCUUGCCGAUCUUUAAGAGUGUCAGCUAUACUUGGAGCCUUUACAGCAGACCUGUGGGAGAGUUUAGGAAGUAUAGAAACUUUUGUAUGCUACUAAAUUUCCAAAGUUUUCCAGAACACGUUCAGCUGAACACGCACACUGAUUUUCACAACCCAAGCGACCUGUUCAUGUAAGUAAUGGCUGCAUAUUGGCUGACUCUAAAGGUGCUCGAGCAAUGUGAUUGGGAAGGGAUGAAUAACUUUGACUAGAGUAGAGAGUCAUAUUGUUGGUUAAUCAAAUAUUCUUAGCGCUAGCUUAGAGUGUGAGGACCCAGUUUGGCGAAAGCCAGUAUUAGAACUUGUCAAAUUGGGUUCUGAAUGCCUUUUGUUCAAGGUAAAAUCUAAUUUCCCCUUGAAGUUGCGUGGCUCGUCAUAGAAAAUUUAGUGUUUAUGGAGCGAAUCCUUAUGCUUCUCCGCGGGCGAGCUGUGUUCAAAAAAAAAACUCAGAAUAAAGUCGCUUGCCUGAUUCGAAGGCACCGGUAUCGACUCUUCUCACCCUGAAACAUGGUCUUCUAUGAAGCGAAAAGUCUCAAAACCAUUAUAGCUGACUGCCUGUGAUAAUGGGGAAACUGCAGCAACGGGUUACCUACUACCGAAGGUUUGUGUUACCUUAUCAGAUUUGUCGACAAGAAGCCUAUACCGUCUGUUUCACAUUAAUACCUAGAGCGAAACUGUGAGGUAAUUUGAAAAAGAAAAGCAACUUUAAGUGGAUAAAGUGAUUCCAUUAUUGACUAAUUCCUUAUCAAAUUUUCCGUCGCUUUAUCAAAUCCUUGCGCUUGUCUUUGGGUCUACUACUACGAAUUUAUUGGCUUAAAAGACUUUCUUAUUGUGAUACCUUGAAACGAGGUAACGAGCACACCACAUGGAGGGCCUCACCGACUCAUGGUAUCGGUGCGGGGGCACUUCUCUCUCAAGGGGGUAUACGUUGAAACAUGCACACGUUGCUUUUGAGGUCUUCCAGAUUUACUUUCAGCGGUGAAAGCUACGUGCUCCUUCCUUAUGGCGGGUCCAUUCACUAUGGAAGUUAAGCCUUUCAGCGGGAAGUUCGAGUGUUUAACUUGUGAAAUGUAAACCACGGAUGGAGGAACACCUAUCAUGCCGUUAGGAGCGUGUUAAAUCAAAACUUUUCUCAAAAUGCGAGUGAAAUGAAAAGCAAACUGCACUUGCUGUUCCUGCGGGUUGGCACCCUUACUAAACUGUGAUAUGUAGUUUGCAAUGUGGCAGCUGAAUGUAUGAAUAAGACAUCUAUUUUCCCAUCACCUUGUUUUUGGAGUUUGUUUUUUAUCUUUAAAAAGGGCAAAAUCUCCUAUUUUUGUAGCCAACAGAAUCUAUUAGUGUUGUCUUAUAUAUACAUGGUCGAUGCCGCAGCCCAAAAGCCUUUCUGAAGUUCUGGAUGCAGUUGACUGGGAGGCACUUCGCUCUCGGUAUGAGCCUGUGGAAUUACUAGGUGAGGGAACUUACGGAAUUGUAUUCAAGGCGCUCGACAUAUCAACAGGGGCUGCAUAUGCUAUUAAAAAAAUACGUCUGGAAGGACUCCGUGAAGGAGUUCCACCAACUGCAAUACGAGAAAUCACCCUACUACACGAUCUUAGAAAGCAUCCGAACGUGGUGCGGCUGCUCAAUGUACUAUGCGAGAAGCACCGCGUAUAUUUAGUCUUUGAAUUGCUCAAGGAGGACUUGCGCGUCUUCAUUCGCCGUCAUCGUCCCUUGCCAUCACAAAAACCGGUUAAUGGUUCAGUGCUGCCCUUGAGCAUGGUAAAGGAUUUCACACGACAGAUGCUGCAUGCCUUGUGGAGUUGCCAUAACAGCCGCAUUAUACAUCGAGACCUAAAACCUGGAAACGUGUUGGUCGCUGAGCGAAAGAACCCCAAUACCGAGAAGACUGAGUAUUAUGUCAAGCUGGCAGAUUUCGGGCUAUCUCGAACGUUCGAGAUGUCCGUUGAAACUUACACACACGAAGUGAUGACACUAUGGUAUCGCGCUCCGGAAAUUAUUCUUAACGCGCGUCAUUACAGCUCAUCGGCCGAUGUAUGGUCACUUGGAUGCAUUGUGGCUGAGAUGAUCCUUGGUAACUCUCUUUUUUGUGGUGAAAAUUCGAAAGACCAACUGAACAAAAUUUUUUAUGUCGUUGGAACCCCCACAGAAGAAACUUGGCCGGGCGUCACUAAGCUGCCCGGGUACAAUACCAAAUAUUUCAAAAUUUACCGUGUGGCUCCAUUGCCCACGCGUUUACCCGAGUAUGAUCCUAAAGCGGUGGAAUUUAUUGCUUUCUUGCUCCAAACAAACCCCCAAAGCCGUCCAACGAUUUCAGAAAUAUUUGAUCACCCCUUUUUGGCAGACGAUGACUAA